GGCGGGAGCUGCCUCCGUGACAUUCCCACGGGUGGGCCCAGGCCCAGGCUGGCUGCUGCAGCGGCGCGCAUCCCAUCGGCGGGGCCGCGCCCAGCCGGGGCGGGGUGGGCGCGCGGCUCCCGCGCAAGAAUCCCUGGCCGGCCGCAGCACCCUGUCGCCCAGCCCCGCCCCGUCUGCUGCCCUCGGGGCCGCCGGUGAUCCUCGUCCCCCACCGAGGGGCGCGGGUGCGGGCGCGAGCUUGCGGGCAGCGAGGCGGGCGGGGCAGCGGCGGCGUGGGCUGGCGCGCGGGGCGAGGUGCAGGGCGGGACUCUUUGACGCGGCGGAGGGAUCGGCGGGCGGCGUCGCCAUCUUUGGCUACUGCGGCGCGGAGGCGGCGGCGGCGGCGGCGGCGGCGGCGGUGGCCGGGAAGGAGGAGGAGGAGCCGUGCGCUGGCACCCGGGCCUGACCAUGGACGAGGAAUACGACGUGAUCGUGCUGGGCACCGGCCUCACCGAAUGCAUCCUGUCGGGCAUCAUGUCCGUGAACGGGAAGAAGGUGCUGCACAUGGACCGGAACCCUUACUAUGGGGGCGAGAGCUCCUCCAUCACACCCCUGGAGGAGCUGUACAAACGCUUCCAACUGCUGGAAGGGCCUCCUGAGGCAAUGGGCCGGGGUCGAGACUGGAAUGUGGACCUGAUCCCCAAAUUCCUCAUGGCCAAUGGGCAGCUGGUGAAGAUGCUGCUGUACACGGAGGUGACACGCUACCUGGACUUCAAGGUGGUAGAGGGCAGCUUUGUCUAUAAGGGAGGCAAGAUUUACAAGGUGCCGUCCACUGAGACCGAGGCCUUGGCUUCCAAUCUGAUGGGCAUGUUUGAGAAGAGGCGCUUCCGCAAGUUCCUGGUGUUUGUGGCCAAUUUUGAUGAGAAUGAUCCCAAGACCUUUGAGGGCGUCGACCCCCAGAACACCAGCAUGCGCGACGUCUACCGGAAGUUUGACCUGGGCCAGGAUGUGAUCGACUUCACAGGCCAUGCUCUGGCGCUCUACCGCACUGAUGACUACCUGGACCAGCCCUGUCUGGAGACCAUCAACCGCAUCAAGCUGUAUAGUGAGUCCCUGGCCCGGUAUGGCAAGAGCCCAUACCUCUACCCACUCUACGGCCUUGGUGAGCUGCCCCAGGGCUUUGCAAGAUUGAGCGCCAUCUACGGAGGGACAUACAUGUUGAACAAACCUGUGGAUGGCAUCAUCAUGGAGAAUGGCAAGGUGGUGGGUGUGAAGUCCGAGGGAGAGGUGGCCCGCUGCAAGCAGCUCAUCUGUGACCCCAGCUACAUUCCUGAACGAGUGCGGAAGGCCGGCCAGGUGAUCCGGGUCAUCUGCGUCCUCAGCCACCCGAUCAAGAACACCAACGAUGCCAACUCCUGCCAGAUCAUCAUUCCCCAGAACCAGGUCAACAGAAAGUCGGACAUCUAUGUGUGCAUGAUCUCCUACGCACACAACGUGGCUGCACAGGGCAAGUACAUCGCCAUCGCCAGUACCACCGUGGAGACCGCUGAGCCCGAAAAGGAGGUGGAGCCUGCGCUGGAGCUGCUGGAACCCAUUGACCAGAAGUUUGUAGCCAUCAGCGACUUGUACGAGCCCAUUGACGAUGGUUCUGAGAGUCAGGUGUUCUGCUCCUGCUCCUAUGACGCCACCACACACUUCGAGACCACCUGCAAUGACAUCAAGGACAUCUACAAGCGCAUGGCAGGCUCCGCCUUCGACUUUGAGAACAUGAAGCGCAAACAGAACGAUGUCUUUGGCGAAGCCGACCAGUGAUGGCUACCUGGCCCCCAGCCCAAGCCCAUCUGGUCUCCUCUAGGGCUGGGAGAUGGGUGUGGCCAGCACCCCUAUUUCCAGCAUUCUCUGCUUCCCCACCACAUUCCUGUCAUUUCCCCACCCCUCCCCAUUGAGUCACUGACCAAAUCCUUAACUUAGCAAAGGUUUGGGAGCCGCGGGUUGGCUAGCAUCCUAGUUCCUGGCCCUUCCUUAUCCUGGGGAAAGAGGGUCCCUCCCCUUGUGUGUGUCUCCCCCACCCCCCACCCGUAAUUCUGCUCUGUUCGGGAAGAAUGUGGAGGAAAGGCUGACUGCUGCCCCACAGCUCUUGUCCCCACUGUAGUGGCCUUUGGAGAUGCCCCUGCCUCCCCCCACUGCCUCUCUUGUGUGUUGGGGAGAAGGGGCCCUCCCAGCACAAAGUUGCAUUCCCCCCUAAUUUAUUCUAAUUUAUUAACUUCAGCCUUCCCUGCCUGGAAAGGAGCCCUGGGCCCUGGCCCGCGCCUGCCGUUGGUGCUGGAGCCCUGGUCUCCCCUCACUCUGUCCCCUCAGAGGUUGAGCUUAGUGUUUGUGUUUGUUUUUGUGUUUGUGUGCUCUGGUCCUUGCUGAGAGUGAGCAAAGCAGAAGGAGGUGGGAACAUGGAUCCUGCCCCAGUGCCCUGCCCCAUCCCCCCUAAUCUUGCAAAGUGAAUGUGUCCCCUUGCCCAACCUCUAGUGUAUUUCAAAGAAAAUCAAACUUCCCAAUAAAACUGUGUUGGAACCUGA